CAAAGUUCCUAUUUUCAUGGCUUGAUUUUGUUGACAAACCUCUUGCUUUUUCAAAUGCUGUAGCAUAUAUACAUUAUUCUCUUUUUAAGACAUAGCAAAGAAAUGCAUGGCGUGUCUCGUAGAGUGCAACAAUUUUUGGUCCCAAAACCUCACAAAAAAGAAUCUUUCUAUUACACAGACCUCUUGAACCUUUGUAAAACCACCAAUUGCAUAAAACAGACGCAUGCGCAGAUUGUUGUUAAUGGCCACGAACAAAACCCAUUUGUCACAACUAAGCUAGUAGACAGGUAUACCCAAUUAAACUCCAACCUUGAAUAUGCACGCAAGGUGUUUGACACUUUGUCCGAAAGAGAUGUUUUCUGUUGGAACGUGCUCAUCAAGGGAUAUGCCAACAUGGGUCCUUUUGUUGAGGCCAUAAAGGUUUAUGAUGAGAUGCACACGAGUGGCACCACCCCGAAUCGCUAUACUUAUCCUUUUGCACUCAAGGCAUGUGCUGCUGAGAGGGAUUUCCAUAAGGGUAGAGUGAUUCAUGGGCAUGUUGUGAAGUGUGGGUUGGACUUGGACCUGUUCGUUGCCAAUGGCCUCAUUGCGUUUUAUGCGAAGUGUCAGGAAGUUGAAGUGUCUAGAAGAGUGUUUGAUAAGAUGCCUCAACGCGACAUUGUUAGUUGGAAUUCAAUGAUCUCAGGGUAUGCCACAAAUGGAUAUGUGGAUGAUGCAAUCUUGCUGUUCUAUGACAUGUUGAGGGACGGUGAUAUCAGUGCUCCGGAUAAUGCCACCUUUGUGACUAUUCUCCCUGCAUUUGCUCAGGCUGCGGAUGUUCAAGCCGGAUAUUGGAUUCAUUCUUAUAUUGUCAAGAUAGGGAUGAAUCUUGAUGCUGCUAUAGCUAGUGGUCUUAUAUCAUUGUACUCAAAUUGUGGCUACAUUCGCAUGGCAAGAGCAAUCUUUGACCAGGUUUCUGAUAGAAACGUCAUUGUGUGGAAUGCCAUAAUUAGAUGCUAUGGAAUGCAUGGUCUUGCGGAGGAAGCACUCAGCAUGUUUCAGCAAUUAGUUGAGUCAAGCGUGAAGCCGGAUGGUGUUUUGUUUUUGUGCUUGUUAUCUGCUUGCAGUCAUGCAGGUUUGCUCAAACAAGGCUGGCACCUUUUUCUGUCCAUGGAAACCUAUGGUGUCAAGAAAAGCGAGGCGCAUUAUGCUUGCAUUGUGGAUCUAUUAGGCAGAGCUGGGGAUUUGAAUAAAGCAUUGGAGAUUAUCCAAACUAUGCCUAUUCAACCGGGGAAAAAUGUUUAUGGUGCCUUACUCGGUGCUUCUAGAAUACACAAAAACAUGGAGCUUGCUGAAUUUGCCGCAGAGAAAUUGUUAGUUUUGGACCCCAACAAUGCAGGGCGCUAUGUGAUUCUAGCACAGAUGUACGAAGAUGCAGGAAGAUGGGAGGAUGCAGCUAGAGUGAGGAAAAUAAUCAAGGAGAAAGAAAUCAAGAAGCCAAUUGGGUAUAGUUCUGUGGAGCUUGAAUCAGGUCACCAAAAAUUUGGGGUAAAUGAUGAAACACACCCAUUUACAACACAAAUAUUUGAAACUCUGCUAAGUUUAGAUAGGAUCAUGGGGAAAGAAGCUAGCAUUCAUUGGGAUUCCAUUUUAGUGGAAAACAGUGUAUGCUAGCACUUUUAUGUGAUUCUUUUCCAAGCUGAUUACUGGAAUAAUUUACGAAAUAACAACAAUUUACAUGCCUAGCUUUAACAUUUUUAUG